UAGGAAGCAGUUUAGCUUGUUAACUGACAGUUUAGGGAAAUGCUGACUUCCCGUCCUUGCUGGAAGAUGUCAGCCUUGUACUCUGUGCUUCCAAAUAAUCUCUUACAAGAGCAGUGUUUUUGUUCAGCUUCUAUUUUAAAUCUUUUCUUUAAAUGACAACUGCAGUUCCUCUUGCCUCCUUUUUCUAGUGACGUUGGAUCCUCCAGCAGAUGCCCAGGUUUCCCACAUCGCCCUCCUGUGCUGUAGCCUCAAGUUACUCAGUCAAAAUCCCUGUCCCUCAUUCUCCUCUGGGGACAACUGAGGUAUUUUGUCCUCAGUUACAGCAGUCCGAUUAUCCUGUCCCAGUGAAUGAAAAGGCACUGUUUACCACGGCAAGGUAAGGCAGAAAAGUGUUUUUUUUUUCAUCAUCAUCCUGUUUCCCGAUGGUUUCAAUGGAGAGAACUGGCGAGGCCGACACGUGCGAGGCUUGCUGCCCUCUCCUGGUGUCCUCAGUGCCCGUGCACCGGAUCUCACAGCUGCCUCCUAGAUGGAGGUUUUCCCCUUUCUGAGAUGAUGAUUCCUGCAGGAGUGGAAGGAAGAAGCUGCUUUAUCGAUGGAAUUGAUUACUUUAAACGGCAGUGUCUGCUUAGGAUUAGCUGGACCAAUUCAACCAGGAAGAGCUUUGGAAUUAUCAGUUGCAAAGGCAACAGUGUGAUCAGGUUCUCUGGAACUACAGAUGAUCCCCUGUAGUUUUCUCAUACUGACAAAUGGAAUUCAACACUGCUGAGUCUUCUGGCUACUCCUGCCCAGUUUUCUGGGAGCAUUAGCACUUAGUAUGCUUUUUGUUUAUGAUCAUGGGAAACAGUAUCAUGGCCCAUCAGAGCGUAACUGUUACAGAUGAAAAUUUCCAGCCGCGUUUUGAUGCACGCUGUGGGAACAUCUUUUUAGUCAGCACAUCUCAGCCUCAGCAUUUGCCAGGAACCCAUCUUCUUACCCUGUGACUGACCAGGGAAGGUACUCACCUUGCAGAAAUAACUUUACUCCUGAUAGCUACUGGAGCUCAGCGGGUUGGGUCCUGUGCAACAAUCAAAGGCAGCAGCUCCCCACAGCGGGAAUUCAGUUUUAAGGAUGCAAAGUGAUCUAACCUUGUGGGCCCGAUGUUAAGGACUGCAAUUGGCAGCUUCUUCUCCCGGGCAGCGAGAGCAAACCUGUAACCAGAGUAUACCUGCAGGAAUAACAGAAGACAAAAUUACUGGCAGCUUAGGCAAGGGAAGAGCUAUGGAAAGGAGUAAGGAAAGGAAAAGAGUUGCUGUUGGCAGCGGGAAAAGGGGCUGUACAUACAGGGUUCAGGUAUGAAAUGCCUUCGUUGUGGAGCGCACAGAAAAGAACAGCUUUUAACCUCUGUCAGUGAAGGAUUUGCAAUUUCAUAGAACUGAAACUUCAUAGCCCAUGGAAAGAAAACAUCCUUGUCUUUUAGUAAAUCUCUGCAGCAGCUUUUAUUAGUUAUCAUAGGUUCUUAAAUGCUGCACUUUGAUGGUUCUCACAUGGCCCAGCUUAGGUGGUACAAGAACAAACCUAAGGCAUUUCAAUCAUUCCUGUACAAAGGAUUAUAAGCUUAAGAAGUGCAAGCUCAAGGAAUUUGUCUCCGGUAUCCUGAAGCCAAGAGAAUCACAAGCAGGCAGCCUUGGUUUUAUCUCAUUCUGGGAGGUGUUAGAGUAGGGGAUUUUAACGUAAUAGAACUUGUUCCUGAAAAAAUUUCUCUUAUACAAACACUAUUACAAAAUGGUUUAAUUGUUUAAUUACCUGUUGUUUAAUUACCUUACCUUAUCUAUAAGAGGCUAAUGGAGAAAACACACUGUGAUACAAAGGACAAUCCUAAGCAGUAAGGAAAGGUAUUUCAGCUCUCUUUUUGAGAAUUUAGUAAGGAAUUAGAUGUCCUAAAAUCUGAAAUUUCACACAGUGUGCCACAGGGCCUAAAAAGCUGCCAAAGGCUAAAAAUCUCAAGAAAAAAAAAAAGUGAGGACUGAAUUGUGCCAGGUUAUCUUGGGUUUGUGGGCAAUUGUGAACCUACAGCGUCCUGAUGGAGGAGGCAGCAGAGAGAGGUCUGAAUGGAGUUAUUUAUAGCAGCACAAAGUGACAGGGAAGCCCAAACAAGUAACCUGUGGAGCCAGAUUCCAACCACAGUAAAAAUAAAAUACAAAGAAGCUCUGCAAAGGCUGAUCUGUUCCACAAGCCAUUUGUAGUCCUACAUUGUGGAAGCCAGGAUUGCUGCAGGCAGAGUAGCAGGGAAGCAGGAAUGCAGUGUGGGAGGCAGACCUACUUACCUGCAUGGAGGAUCCUGCCACCAGCAUGGAGUCUGAUUCCGCCAGGCGCUGGUGCACAAAACUCACUUUUUCCUGGCUCACCGUGUCUCCAAAGAAUGUCACGUCAGGCUUCAGGAUUCCACCACACUUACGGCAGGCUGGGACUUGGAAGCUGCGCACCUGCUCAUCCGUCAGGAACACAUCCCCAUCUGGAGCCACGCCAAAUGCCUCAGCUUUCCAGGUAGGAUUCAGAGCCUCAAAGUGCUCCUGGAGCUCAGAGCGCAAGAUUCGAUCUCCACAAGCCAAGCAGAAAACCCUGAAAUUCAGAGCAAAGUCUUAAUGGAGAGUUUCAUGUCAGCUGAAGAUCUGGAGCCUGUAACUGGUUCCUUAGGAGGCCUGUCAUAAUUGUCCAUAUUUAUUUACCAAAUAGUACAGGUCAAGGAGCUGUCUUUCUACCUCCAACUGUUGCUUUGUAGGAAUGCUCUAGAGGAAGUGCUUUGAACCCUGUGCAUCCUCUCUCCCAGUUCAGGCUGUGCUUUUUCAUCUGGAAACCUGGGUAAUCCCAGCCAGGCUGUGAUGGCCCUUCUCCAGUCCACUCAUGCUGUGCAAUUCUGGCACUAUCCACUCUGCUAGCCCUGGUGGAUAAUCCUUGUAUCCUCAGGAUCCCCUUGUCCUCUUCUCUAAGAGGACAUUUGCUGUACCAAGGAAAGGGGAAACUGAUGCAGGCUUCAAGGGAAAUGAUCCAAAUAAUGCUCUGAAAAAACAGAGUGGUGGUCAUGUUUCUUAAAUACUGUGCUGUGAACAGUGCUGGUUUGUAAUCUUUUUCUCCACCCCAGCCCAGCACCACCUUUAAGCACAUCAUCUCCAGGAGCACAGCAUGGAUGUUUUGCCUCGUUUCUCAGCAGGUGACACCGCAGCAGCCUGUCAGUCACCCCAAAGGAGGGGCUGGAGCACUGCCCCCCCUCCCCGAGCCAGCAGCGGUACCUGUGAGUGCAGCCGUGCAGUUCCGUCACGCGCUGGCUCCCGGCCUUGGUGUGAAGGGCAUCCACGUUCUGGGUCACCAGCCAGUGCAGCUUCCCCAGCUUCUCCCAGUCCCUCAGUACCAGGUGUGCUGUGUUUGGCUGGUGGGAGGAGAACUGGGGCCAGCCCACAAAGUUCCUUGCCCAGUAGCGCUGCCGGGCACUGGCACUGCGAACGAACUCGGCGUGCUGGACAGGCCGUCUGUCUGUCCUGGCAUAGAGCCCGACACCUUCGGAGCGGUAAUCUGGGAUCCCUGACUCGGUCGAGAUUCCAGCUCCAGUCAUUACAAACAGCCUCUUGGAGUUAGAAACAAAGUGCUGCAGCUCCUCUACUUCCGCGGGAUCUGGGGGAAGACAGGCUGGCACAAAAGUCAAGUUUGGAGAGGCUCUGGAUACAGAAUGGGAUCUGAAAUGAUGGAAUCUGAUGGCUCUGAAAACUCCAGACAGCUUCCUGGCAGAGAACAUGUUCAGCUAAAAGGCAAGAACAGAACACAAGGAAGCAAGGAAACAAACUAUUUGCGAAACAUUAACUAAAGCCCUCCAUCCGAGGACAGCACUCGGAUAUCCCUUUGACAGAUGGCAACACUGAGCACUGCUCAAGGUACAAGGACAAAGUUAACAGCCUUGACUUGUAGGGUUCCUGCUCUUCUAUCCCGGUGUGAAGGACGGCUGCCUAAGAGGACUUGUAAAGAGCCCAGCAAGACCUGAGCAUGCAAAGUCUUUCCCAGUUAUUUUCAAGCCUAGGUGAGCCGAGCCUGUGCCCAGCAGCGGGGGUGUAAUUUUGUGAUCACAGGGAAGAAGCACAUCCUGCUCACUUGCUGUGCGGUGCCACCCUGCCCGUCCCUCCGCCCCUGGGUCCUGCGGAGGUGUGGGGCGCGACCCUCUUUUUGGCAGAUCCCUGUUGUCUUCUUUAAUAGCGAAGCAGACCCUGCAGAGGGAGAUUUAACAACCAUUGCACACCAGCUCCCUGGGCUGAGUCUCCACUGGAGCUGGAAGCAGCUGCUGUCCAUCACUCUGUAUGAAUCAGAUGUAGCUUGUGCUGCUGACAGGUUGCCUCUGACGUUCUCUGCACGGUCGCGUGUGCCAUCUGGAUGCUCCUGCCCUGCCGAUCCUUUCAACAACUGUGAAGUUGGACCUUGAAUGGGGAAGCUGCAUGUUGUGAUUUACUGCCAUUGCCUGAAACCCAACGGUCUGACUGAAUUUUUCUUUCUUGCAUUCACCUGAAGAAAGAGCUGCACAGCACAUGUGGCACAGCACAGAGGACAUACUGCAUUGUCAUCACUCUGCAGUUUCAAGUCCCUCUCUGGAAUGUGCACAGACGCCUUACUGGCAGAUCUGGAAUCCACCACCUCACAUAUCUCCAAGCGACCAGUGUUUCUCACAGAGGAAACACCUUACUCCUAUCCAACUGGAAACCACACAUACCAGGAGAUUGCUGUGCCCCCUCCAGUGCCCCCACCACCUUCCAAUGAGGCCCUGAAUGGAACUGUGAUUGACCCCUUAGACCAGUGGCAACCCAACACCCCCAAAUACAGCCACCAGCAACCUCAGUCCCAGUCUCCUAUAUACAGCUCUAGUGCCAAAAGCUCCAGUGCCUCGAUUCCUAAAGACGGGCUCAGCUCUCCUUCUCCCCGUGCCAGUGAAGAGGAACACGUCUACAGUUUCCCGAACAAGCAGAAGUCUGCGGAACCGUCUCCCACCAUGACCAGCUCCUCUCUGGGCAGCAACCUCUCAGAACUGGACAGACUCCUCCUGGAACUGAAUGCUGUUCAGCAUACACCUGCCAGUGGCUUCUCAGCAGAUGAAGCUGGCAGAAGCCCAUCACUGCCCAGCGUGGCUGGACCCCACUACGUUGUCCCAGAGAACAGCAGCUCUGGGGGAGGGAAGGCUGCACCCCCGACAAAGGAAAAGCCAAAGCGAAACGGUGCCCGUGGGAUCGAAGAUGUGCGUCCCAGUGUGGAGAGCCUGCUGGAUGAGCUGGAGAGCUCCGUGCCAAGUCCAGUGCCUGCCAUCACUGUGAGCCAGGGUGAGGUGAGCAGCCCCCAGCGGGUCACGGCCAGUCAGCAGCAGACCCGCAUUUCUGCUUCCUCAGCUACACGAGAACUGGAUGAGCUGAUGGCAUCUCUCUCUGACUUUAAGUUCAUGGCACAGGGGAAAGCCGGGAGCAGCUCCCCUCCAUCCACAGCCUCCAAGCCUGGCAGUCAGCUGGACACCAUGCUGGGAAGUCUCCAGUCCGACCUGAACAAACUGGGUGUAGCUACAGUUGCCAAAGGUGUCUGUGGAGCCUGCAAGAAGCCGAUUGCUGGGCAGGUAGUUACAGCCAUGGGGAAAACCUGGCACCCUGAGCACUUCGUCUGCACCCACUGCCAGGAGGAGAUCGGGUCGCGGAACUUCUUUGAGCGGGAUGGGCAGCCCUACUGCGAGAAGGACUACCACAACCUCUUCUCCCCUCGCUGCUACUACUGCAACGGGCCCAUCCUUGAUAAAGUGGUGACGGCUUUGGACAGGACAUGGCACCCUGAACACUUUUUCUGUGCCCAGUGUGGAGCUUUCUUUGGACCUGAAGGAUUUCAUGAGAAGGAUGGCAAAGCCUAUUGCCGCAAGGACUACUUUGACAUGUUUGCUCCCAAGUGUGGAGGCUGUGCCCGGGCUAUCCUGGAAAACUACAUCUCUGCCUUGAACACCCUGUGGCACCCCGAGUGCUUUGUCUGUCGGGAAUGUUUCACCCCCUUCAUCAAUGGCAGCUUCUUUGAGCACGACGGGCAGCCCUACUGCGAGGUGCACUACCACGAGCGCCGCGGCUCCCUCUGCUCCGGGUGCCAGAAGCCCAUCACAGGACGCUGCAUCACUGCCAUGGGCAAGAAAUUUCACCCUGAACACUUUGUCUGUGCCUUCUGCCUCAAGCAGCUCAACAAAGGAACCUUCAAAGAGCAGAACGACAAGCCCUACUGCCAGAACUGCUUCCUCAAGCUCUUCUGUUAGAGGCACCAUCAAUGGGCGCUAAAGCAUCUUUCUGCCACCCCCUCGGCAGUUCUGGCUCUCUGAACAUUACUGUGAUUUAGGAACCUUACCAGGCAGGGGAGGAGGGGGGUGGGGGGUGGGGAGUGCUUUCUGCUGCUAUGGAGAGGCAGUAGAUCCAGAGAUGAGACGGACCAUUAAACUGGAAACGCCCUUGCUGUGUCUCAGUAGAGAGAGGCCGAGAUCCCUCAUGACGGUGUGUGUGUCUGUGUGUGUGACUGACAGCUGAGCUUAGCUCGAGGGCUCCAACAGGGAGAUCUUCCCAGCCCCCUCCUGGCAGCAGGAGUCUUUGCCAGUACGUUUCAGCCCGUGUCAGCUCCCUGAGCAAAUCGAGACACUUGCAGACAACACAGCCCUCUGCUUUGACACCUCCUUCUCAGGCUUUUGCCUGCACGUGUGCAGGGUGAGCAACAGCCCAGCAAGGGCACCCUGUAACCUCAGGGCCACCCUGGCUCCCCUCACAGAGCCACACCAUGUGUGUGACUUGCUGAGACCAGAGCACCAGCACAGGCAGCCAAGACCCUGCAAGGGUCUCUCCAGUUCCAUUACACUGUAGGGAGAUAAUACCACUUACUUUUUUUUUUUUUUUUUUUUUAAUUAAGAGGAAUCAAGAUGUUAAUGUGUGGGGUGGGGUUUCCCCCCCCUAGUUUGUUAUGCCCUUUCUCAAUGCCUUUUCUCAGCACACCAGAGCAGAAGGUGGGGUAAGCCCUGACCAUCCCUCAGCACUGAUGUGUGCUCCUUGUGGGAACAUCCUAUGCCAGGCAUCUCCAUCCAGGCCAGCUCAGGGCAUCUGCUCCCCUUGCCUGCUGCUCCUGGGAGAGAGGAAGAGGCAUCAUCCCUUCUUUAAAUGCAGGUGCAGGGAGGUCAGAGCAGCCUUUUUCAUCCAUCCCUGUUAUGAAUGAGUGUGAUGUGUGUGUGUUUAUCUGGCCUGAAAAUCUCCCAUCUGUCAGGGCCUGAAACUGUCACAAGAGUGGGGAGAAGUGGAGAGGGUUAAGAAGCCAGGAGAAAAAAAAAAAAUCCUAAAUUUAUAUCCUUUCUUCCUCUUUGCUAAUGAGACCUGUCAGCCCCUUGGUGUUUCCAUUUUCUGUGCUCUUGUUAAACAUGUUCUACUGAGAGAUGCUACAGCAAUAACCUUUUAUAUUGACUGUUACUGGUAUAACAAGUCCCAUGGGUCAGGUGUGCGUGACACACCUGGAGUUUUACUAUCAAAGUGAAUACUGUAUCCAGUCUUUGAUAAGAACUGUAGAUUUCUACACUGAUUUUGAAUUCAUAUCUAAUUUACUUUUAAUCCUCUUAUACAGAAAUUGGUUUUGAAGUGAUUUUAAGAAAGCAACUUUUAUAUCAAGCUGUGCUGUUCUAGGCAGUGUGCCAGUUGUGCUGGCUUACUGCAUCUAUAACCUCAAUGCUUUGUUAAGCCGAACUAACAUUCAAUAUUUCCUUUUUAUUGCGGGUUGGGAGGGGCUGGAAUCUAUGGGGAAGGGAAUGUGACUUGUAUUUUUUCCCUAGCACAGGCAGGUGAACUGUGAAUAGCUUUUUUUUUUUUUUUCCCUCCUCUGGGUCACCUAAAAGUGUGUUUUCUGGUUUUAUUGUAACCUGUAAACUGCUGUAUUUGAAUCACCUGCCUUUCUCCCAAAGCCCAGCUUCCAGGAUGUUUGAGUAAGUCUUAAUGUGAUGCUUUGGGGGAGGAGCUCAGACCUUUGCCCUCUGUUUCUCCUCUUCAGCCACCUGAAAUCAGAGCAGGGUAAAUUGAAGAAAAAAGGUCUUGUGACUGAGGAGGAGAAAGUGGGAGAGACAGACUGUUCCUGACUAGCUGUGUAAUUUUGGGCCAGUCACUAAACCUUACUGUGCCUCAGUUUCCCCAUCUGUAAAAUGGGGGCAGUUUAGCCUGGAUUUGUGAGGUUAUUGUGAGGCUUAGCUCGUGUUUGCUAAAGCACUUUUAGAUCUCUGGCUGGAUGGGGGGUGCUAUGGAGAGGGAAGGACUGCACUGAAAUUCCCGGUGCCGUUCUGUGGUACCAGCUGAGGCAGCCCAGGGAGCAGUGUUUGGAAUUACUGCUACAGAGUGCUACAGCACUGUCACCAGAGGCAUCUGGGUGUGCUUUGCAGCUUGGCAGGUGCAUUAGGGGCCCAGGGGUGGCUGUGUCAGAAACCAGCCCAGCCUUGGGCUGGAAACUGCAGGUCCCUGUCACACAACCUUGUCGCGGUGCUGCCCUGCCCUGCUUGGGUCACUGAAACUGUUUCACUCAUUUCCCCUACAAAUGAACUCAGUGUGUGGGUGUGAGGCCGAAGGGAACUGUGGGAGCACUGGAGCUGUGUCAGCUGGGCUGAGUGUAGCUCUGGGAGAGUUCAUGAGGCAAGAAUCCUUAUGCAUUUGCCUUUUCAUCUGUGAAGUCGAUUUAACUUCAAUGGGUGUUCCUAAGCUGUGUGUGUUUAUCUCACUGAAAAGGUCAAUCCUUGGUGCCGCUGAGAGGACACACAGCUGUUGUGUCCGAGUGUCAGAAAGGGGUGAGAUGUUUCUGGCACUGCCACUGCAAAUGGCAUGACAUCUGCAAACUGUGUAAUCGCGUGCCUCAGUUUCCCUGUGCGGGGAGUCUUUAACCUACCUCACUCACUGCUAGUUGAGGGUUGUGUCAGUGACACUCCUGGCACACGUGGAAGGCCCUGGGUGCUGUGAGGGCUGCUGGGGGCCGAGGGGAGGCUCGGUGUCCUUAGUGCUUAACUGAGAUCAUUACACAUUUACCUCCUGCCUUCACCUGGUGCCUGACACGCUGGGAUGCUGCACCAAUGCUACUCUGCCAAAUAACGACUUGUGGUGUCCCAAAUGCCUGUGUAGUUCAUUGCAGGUGCAGUUCUAGGGUGGCACAGCCGGGUGUGGGGCUGGGGAUGGUGCUGGGGGGUCCCCGGCCCUGGAGAGGAGCUGGCAGGGGCUGUGGCAGGUGCUCCGGGAGGGUCUGUGUGUGCACCCCCGGACCGGGCGCUACCCCUGGGGAAGGUCUUUCUCGCCACGUCCGGGCUGGGCUGGGGGAAGCUUGGCUGGGUCGACAAUUAUUAUUUGAUUUUUUUCCCCCUCCCAUGUAAACUUCUAACUCCGCUUUUUUUUUCCAUUUAAAAUUCUUGCAGUUACGCCAAUAAAGUUUUUACCGUUAUUCUCA